AUGCUGAGUUCGAAAUCUAGGGUUGGUGAUUUUCCAGUGGUUAGCGAAGAUUGUAUUUGGGAAAUUUUGAAGUGGGUCCCUGUCAAAUCCUUGACGAGAUUCAAGUGUGUAAGCAAGCUUUGGCAAUCGAUUAUUCAAAACCCAUUGUUCGCGCAAUCCUAUCAGGGAGGUUUCAAAGGUUUACUCCUCAAUCUCUCGCAUGGUGAAGGCUACAUGAAGUAUACCUUCUUUCAUUUGAAUAUUUCGAGUAUUGAGAAUGAUAACGUCGCCCGAAUCUCCGGUUUUCACACCGUAAACAUGAGGAGAAUGAACCGUAUGUCGCCUGUGAAUGGCCUUGUAUGUUUUUAUCAUGGCAAAUACUCGUGUAUCUACAAUAUUGCCACCCGAGAAAAGAUGGAUCUUCCGGUUUCAAUCAAUGAUUCCGAAAAAUGUGAUUACCAUCUUGGAUUUGAUCCCGUUAACAAACUGUACAAGGUGUUGAAGACGUGCCCGGUUUAUGAUCGCUUCCACGGAUACAAGCGAGUAGCCUGUUCUUCCGUUGUUGCUAACAAGCGAGGAGCCUGUUCUUCCUUUGUUGCUAAUUUAAACUCGGAGAUUUUAACCCUAGGUGUUGAUAUCUCGUGGCGUACUAUUGAUCCCGCGCCUUGGGAGUUGAGGAACAGCGCGUACUGUGGUAGUAACGGAGGUCUAUAUUGGGACGCUCAGCGCCUGCUAGGUACUGAGCGUCGCUUUCUACAUUUUGAUCUUGUUGACGAGAUCUUCGCAUUCAUCCAUAAACCUCAUCCGAGAAUAAGGUUUCGUUGGUUGUUUGGACCGAAUCCAACCCUAGUCUCAAAACAUUGGGUUGGUGGACAUAUGUUUCCCGAGAAGUCAUUGAAUCUGUUUUUUCACAACAAUAACCAUCCUCCUAUUGGCGCCACCUGGACAAGGCACGAAAUUCAAGGCGUAGUACAAUCAUCAUCAUCGUCAGGAGGAGGAUAUGAAGCUGUGACUACACUCCCCACCGGAGAGGUGAUCUUCAUGAAUACAGAUUCUAGUACGUGGAAGUUCCCGGUGCCGUUUUAUGUCUAUGAUCCAACUACAAGGGAGCUCAAGGAAUGCUUCUUAGGGGAUUGUCCUUCAUCUUCCGCUUCACAACAACGUUUUCUCGACAUAGUGGAACGUUCUCAAAAAUCAAUAUUGUUGGUCGAAGCUUUGUAUUACGAGGAGAAUAUCAUCUCGUUGAGUUGUUUAGGAGAGUAUUCAGAUGCCAUGUUUGAAGAUCAAUCCGAAAUUACUACAAUUAUGGACGUGGAACCUCCUGCUUUUACUACAUUUGACCCGUCUCAAGCAACUGUUCUAGGGACAGUUGUAAGAAUGAAAGAUAAGAGAUUGCUUCGUGAUCUUGGAGGCGUAGAUGGUGUGAUCAGGGCCCUGGAUUCUGAUGCAGAGAAUGGAAUCCUUGGCGAUGAUGAUGAUAUCAGCACCAGGAAGAAAAUCUUUGGGUCGAAUUCCAAUUUGUAUCCUAAAAGAGACCUUGUAAAGGGAUUCUACCGUUGUUCAUUAGAAGCCAUUAAAGACCCUUUGAUCAUCAUUUUACUCUUUUUCGCAGUUGUUUCUCUCUGUGUUGGCAUAAAAGAACAUGGGAUGGUUUGGCCUGAAAGAGGAACCAAACUGCUUGAGAUUGUGGCUGUUGUCAUUAUUUCAGCUGUGACAAACUUUUGGCCUAUUACUCAAACUCCUGAGCAUUUGUCUGCAGCCAAAAACCAAGCUUAUUCCCCUCAGGUUGAAGUUGUAAGGUACGGAAAAUGGACAAAACUCGCAAUUUCUGAAGUUGUUGUUGGGGAUAUUGUGUUUCUGAAACCUGGUGAUCAAGUUCCAGCUGAUGGUCUGUUCAUAGAUGGGCACUCAUUGCACCUGGAGAAUCUGAUCUCGAGUGGUGGAAAAUCCGAUCAUGCUGAAGUUGGACAGGAGAACCCUUUCCUGUUCUCAGGGAAUAUGGUUGCAGAUGGUUACGCCAGGAUGGUAGUAACGGCAGUGGGAAAGAACAGGCGAAACAUGCAGCCUCAAGUGAUUUGGAUGAUGGGAAAACAUGCUCAUGAGUUGGAAAAUCUGACCUCCAUAAUAGGUUGGUUUGGUAAGGCUUUUGCUGUGUCAACAUUUGUGUGGUUUUUGUUUAGAUUCUGCGCCGAGGAAAACAACGAGGAAGCGAUUACUGGUGGUCAGGAAGCAGAUAUUGUAGAAUUGCUGAUUGCUCUUGUUGGAAUGCUGGCAACUGCAACUAUUAUUGCAUUAACUUCCAGCUUGGAAGGCUUACUUUUGGCUGUCAAAACAACUCUUGCCUAUUCAAUGAGGAGCUUGUUAAAAGAGCAAGUUCUUAUCAAAAAGCCCCUCAUCUGUCAUCAAGUUGCUUCUGUUGACACUAUAUGCUUCAACAAAACAGGAACUCUGACCUCAGAUUCCUCGGAGGUAAAGAAGUUCUGGCUCGGUCUAAGUUCCAUUGAAGAAGUACCGCACAAUUUGAUUGCUCCAAAUGUGCUGGAGUUACUUCACCAAGCAAUUGGCUUGAACACAACUCAACCUCGCUCGAGUUCCACUUUUGCAUCUUCCCUGAACUCUACAGAAGCCACAAUCUUUGAUUGGGCGACUCGCCAACUGGGGAUGGAGAAAGAAAGCUUAAGGCGAAGCUGCACCAUUCUUGAAAUUGAGCCCUUCAAUCCUGUCAACAAAAGUAGUGGAGUGUUGAUCAGUAGAAACAAUGACAACACAAUUCAUGUUCACAGGAAAGGGGCGCCUGAUGUGAUCUUGCCCAUGUGCUCUCAUUACUAUGAAACUACUGGAAUAGUUAACAUGAUGAAUAAAACCACAAGAGCCCUGUUGGAGCAGAUUAUUGAAGGAAUGACAGAACGUGGUCUCAGAUGCAUUGCCUUUGCGCAUAGAAAAACAUCAAUCGAGGAGUACUUUAACUUCUCGCGCCAACAGUUAACCUUAUUAGGCCUUGUGGGGAUUAAAAAUCCUGUAAGAAGUGGUCUUAGAAGAGUUGUAAGAGAUUGCCAAAGAGCUGGAAUAAGCAUCAAGUUGGUCACAGGAGACAACAUUCUUACAGCCAAAGCUAUGGCUGUAAGAGCUGGCUUACUAGAGCCUGACACUCAACUAGGAGAUAUAGUAGAAGGAAAGGAAUUCCGGGACUUCACUGCAGAAGAGCAAAUGGAGAAAGUGGAUCAGAUUCGCAUACUUGCUGGAGCUACUCCUUUCGAUAAGUUCCUCAUGGUUCAAAGCUUGAAAAAGAAAGGCCGUGUGGUUGCAUAUGUAGGUGGAGGCCUGAGCGAUGUUCAGGCGCUUAAAGAAGCGAAUGUAGGACUAUGUUUUGGGACUGAAGGGGGAGCCGAGAUCCUCAAGGCGAGUUCAGAUAUCGUGAUCAAAAGCAAGAAUUUGCCUUCAGUUAUCGAAAUUCUGAAAUGGGGCAGAGGAUUUUACGACAGUAUCCAAACCUACAUCCAGUUCUUGCUCACUGCCACUUUUGUUGAUCUAGUGGUUGACUUUGUGAUGACCAUUUUUCCCAAUGGUUUUACUCUUUUCCAUGCAGUUGCAGUCAUUUCCCCAGGUGAGGUACCAAUACCUGUAUUUCAACUCCUUUGGGUAAAAUUGAUUUUAGGCACAGUUGCAGCUCUUUCAGUCCUCAUAAAACAACCCUCUGAUGACCUUAUGUCCAAGCCAGCGAGGGACCAGAACGAGCCGUUAAUGACUGAUGAUAUGCAAAGAAACAUAAGUGCACAGGCACUGUACCAAAUCCUGGUUCUUUUGGCCAUCCAUUUCAGAGGGAAAUCACUGCUGAAACUGAAUCAUAAUGUGAAGAACACUGUGAUCUUCAACACAUAUGUGCUCUGCCAAGUUUUCACGCUCAUAAACGCGAAGCUGUAUGACCGGAAGAACAUCUUCCAGGAAAUGCACAGCAAGAAAUGGUUUUGGGGGAUCAUAGGGAUCAUUAUAAUCCUCGAAGUGGUGAUGGUGGAAGUUUGGAAGAGCAUUGCAGGAACAGCAAGGCUGGAUGCUAGGCAAUGGGGGUUAUGCAUAAUCAUGGCUGCUGCAUCUACUCCUAUCAGUUGGCUCAUUAAGAACAUCAGUCCUAUGAAAAUACCAUACCUCAACUCUGCCCAAGGAUCAAAUCUGAAGUCGAAAAUCGAAUGA